AUGUCCCAGAGGGAUCCGAACACGCCAGGACAACGGCUUGAUCGGCCCUGGCCGGAGCAGGAGCAGAACAGCAUGGCGCUACCGAAGGUAAGACAACAUGCCGUGUCCCGAUCUGGAUCUCUUAAGAAGGAGACUAAUUAUAUUCCGAACGCUGCCCCUGCGACUCCGAGAAUGUUGCGAAGCACGAGCAACACUGCGAAUCUCGCAGACGAUGCGCUUGACCCCUUUGUACAGACCAAGAAUGUGGCCCGGAGACUCUCGUUGACAACACCGCAACAGCAAAAUAUGCCCGGCGCAGGGGGCGCAGAGCAGCAACCGAGGCUGAUGCCAGGCAUGGAGUUUAACCAGACGCCGGCAACAGCAACACCAAGCACGCCGAAAAGACAGCCGUCCAAGUCUGGCUCAAGACACACGUCGCAACAGCAGCAGCCGCAGUUCCACCGGAAGUCUAUCGGCGAUUGGGAUUUUGCCAAAACGAUCGGCGCCGGAUCCAUGGGAAAGGUGAAAUUGGCCAGACAUAGAGUCACUAAUGAGAUCUGCGCCGUGAAAGUGGUGCCUCGGGCAGCGAAAAUAUGGCAGAGACAGCAUAUGAAUGAUCCGCCAACUUCUGAUCCAAACGAGUUGGCGAAACGACGCAAGGAGUACGAGAAGGAACUUGCCAGAGAUAGAAGAACGAUCAAGGAAGGCGCGCUCGGUAGAAUCAUCUACCAUCCUUACAUUUGCCGGCUCUACGAGAUGUUUUCAAUGACUAACCACUACUACAUGCUUUUUGAGUACGUGUCAGGAGGACAGAUGCUGGACUACAUCGUGUCGCACGGCUCAAUCAAAGAACGACAGGCUAGAAAGUUCUGCCGGGGUAUUGCGUCGGCACUGGAUUACUGCCACUCCAACAACAUUGUCCAUAGAGAUCUGAAGAUUGAGAACAUCAUGAUCAGCAAGAACGGAGACAUAAAAAUCAUCGAUUUUGGUCUUUCCAACAUGUUUGACAGCCGCAACCUCCUGAAAACAUAUUGCGGUUCGCUUUACUUCGCGGCACCCGAACUCCUUUCUGCGCAUCCGUAUAUCGGCCCGGAAGUCGAUGUGUGGUCUUUUGGUGUGGUCCUCUACGUGCUCGUCUGCGGCAAGGUCCCAUUUGACGACCAGAGCGUUAGUGCGCUUCACGAAAAAAUCAAACGUGGCAACGUGGAGUACCCAGACGGCUUAUCCAAGGAGUGCGUAUCUCUAAUGUCUCGCAUGCUGGUCGUUGAUCCGACAAGAAGAGCAACACUGAAGGAAGUCAUGAACCAUCCGUGGAUGGUCAAGGGAUUCGAAAGCGCUCCUUCGAAUUAUCUUCCUCACAGGAUUCCGAUUGAGUUGCCUUUAGAUCCAGAGGUGAUCAGCACCAUCGUUAACUAUGAGCUGGGAACCGAGGAGAAUGUCAUUAGAGAGCUGACAGAGAUUCUGCAGUCCGACGCAUACCAACUGGCCACCAGGAAUUGGUACAUUAAAAAUACUCAGGAGGACCUGUCGAAGUACGAUCCUACGCUUCCUGACCCCACCAUUGCAUAUCACCCUUUAAUAUCCAUAUAUCAUCUUGUUGACGAGAUGCUGAGAAGAAAGAAAGUCAAGGAGGACAAGUAUGGAAGAUCAGCCCAGCCGGUUACUUCAUCGGAAACUCAACAGACACAGGUAUUGCCGCCUUCGCAGGAGCCGAAUGCUACCACCCCAGUCUUGACCUUCCCACAAGCAGCAUACACGUCUCCUCAUCAACAGUCGAGUGUGGGACCAGCUUCCCAAAUCCAGCGUAAUCGUGUUGUCAGCCACGAGGUGUCUGCGAGCCCUGUAUUCAGUCCUGUCCAGCAACAAGGCGAUCCUCAAUCCGGAUUUACCAAUAACCUGUUCAGAAAAUUCAGCGGCAAGAAGCCCAAGAACGAGUAUGCUCCGGAAGAGCUGUCUCCUGUGGAGGACAAUUCAGAGCUGCGGGGCUCCAGGUUUGCUUCCAGACAGAACGAUGUGGUGCGUAGGGUUGGAAGCAUGAAGAUUACCAGCAAGGAGAAACAGCAGUCGCAGUUUCCUCCAUUGCCAGUAUCGUCGAAGCAGCAGAUGCAGCACCACCAAAGAGCGACCUCCGCAUAUACCUCGUCAGACGUCAAGGCUGCGCAAAUGGAGGCCGUUGACCAGGCUACGAAACAAAAGCUACCGUCUACGAACGCAUCUGCAUUACCAACGAGGUACCAUCCUACAGCCAGAGCCAAGUCUCUGGGUCACGCAAGGAAGAACUCCCUCAACAUUCCUAAGAGCAACAACUAUACUAUUGCCCCAGACGCACCGCCUGUUCCACAGCUUGGACUGCCGUCUAACAUGGCAGACGAUGGCUUCUUUGAUCCUGUGGAUAUGGACGAAGUCACCUUUGAGGAUGACUGUACUAAGCCAAACAGAAGGCUUUCGGACGACGCUAUCAUUUCUCAAUUUGAGCACGCUCCUCCAGGAUCUAUGCCGUCCAUCGAGUACCCGCGCACGCUGUUCCUGAAAGGGUUCUUUUCUGUUCAGACCACGUCCACCAAGCCAUUGCCUAUUAUCAGGUACGAUAUCAUCAGCGUUCUGCCGCAGCUUGGUGUGAAAUUCACUGAGGUGAAGGGCGGAUUUGUCUGUGUCCACUAUCCAUCAAUUGUGUCUUUUGGCGACCGAGCAAAGAAGGCUGAAAAGCCUGAAAAGGAGGGAGACGAAAGCAGGGCGCACACAGCCGUCGAGCUUGACGAGGUGAGCUCCGAAGAUACUCCGUCCAAACAGUACAUCAAAAGAUCGUCCCUGUCGUCUUCGAGUUCUGGAGAAAAGCAUCGUCAAACCCAUGACGAGCACGACAUCGAAAACGUUGCUGAGCGCGCCGUGUCGGCGAUCUCCAACGCUUCAGCCUCAUCAAAGAAUGGCCACAGACGCAAGUUCUCGCUUGGUAAUGCCGUGCUAGGCGGUCACAGGAAACAAAAAGAAAAACUCUCGCUUUCCACAAACGUCUCGAACAACCAGGACGUUACGUAUCCUACGACUCCUGCACCUGCCAACGUUAAUCGUAGGAGCUCCGUGGAUAGUUCUGAGUCGAUCACCUUUGAAGAGCCGUACGGAGGUUCCGACAUGCUCGUUUCGAGUCGGCUGGAACAAGAGAACAAGCCAAGAUCGCCUUCUGUUGCCAACGCCCCGGCGAUCGACACCAAUCGACACUCGGAAAAGGUUUCUGCCAGCAAGAGUCCUUUGAAGUUCGAGAUCCAUAUUGUCAAGGUUCCCCUGGUUGGCCUUUACGGCGUGCAGUUCAAGAAGAUCUCGGGUAACACGUGGCUGUAUAAGUCGCUUGCUGGGGAGAUCCUUUCGAGGCUUAAUCUAUAG